UUUAUUUAUAUAAAUUUUAUUAUUGGGUUUUCCCGUCCUGAACCCCUUUCCCAUCCAGUUUCAUCUUUUUCAACAUAUACAGGAAACACAUUUUCUAUUACCUCCUCCUUACCUCCUUAAAACCUAGCGUAAAUGGCAUCACCGCCUCAUCAUUGGUCUCAGCAACUCAAAGCCACUAUCAAGCUCGUUGCUGAAAUAACUGUACCCCUCAUCAGCAUUAUUGUUGCUGCUUAUAUAGGUAUUCGCAGAUGCUGCACAAGCAGAAACAGAGUCGAUCCUCGUGACCCCAACGUUGUCAGAGAGGUCGAAAUGGCUAGGGAGGCAAUCCAAGUGAUCGAUGAGGUCGUAGAACUGGCUAGGGAGGCAAUCCUAGUGAUCGAUGAGGUCGCUGAGGAGGUAUAUGAAGCCCCAGGAGAGGCAGGGGAGGCCGAGAACUAAUUGCCCACAAGAAUCUGAAAUCUGUGUGUGUUCUUAUGCCAAUUUCCCGAACUACUUAUUUGGGUAUUUUAACUUUAGUUUCACAAUGCUUUGCUGUUCUUUGUCGUCGGCUGAGUUUCUUUAAAUAUAUAUUCCCGGAAUAAAAGUUUGGGUAUAUGAUUGAAUUCUGAGUUUCUUUAAAUAUAUAUUCCCGGAAUAAAAGUUUGGGUAUAUGAUUGAAUUCUGAGUUUCUUUAAAUAUAUAUUCCCGGAAUAAAAGUUUGGGUAUAUGAUUGAAUUCUGAGUUUCUUUAAAUAUAUAUUCCCGGAAUAAAA